AUGCAGGCCGCACGGAGGACCGGGCUUGACGACCUUGUCAUGCAAGGCCAGGAGCAAACGCUGGAGGAUGAAGCGGUGUUGACCUGGGAGGACUACUAUUACGAUGUGCUGCUGCUGCCGCCAGCGCCGUCGCAGAAGGGCUUACAUGCAAACAUAGUGCUGCGCAAUGCUUUACGCAGGUGGAAUGCUUCCCCAUCGAGCUAUGCAACAACUAGGCAAGCCUAUCGAGGGCGCUACCCGAGCUUCCUCGAAUCCACGGCCGAGCUAUGGCGCAGGUUUGGGUUGAGACUUGCAUGGAAAUUGUGGGGAGCUGAUGAAGCCAUCCGACCUUGA